CGGAUAACGCAUCGGGGAAAGGGAUCGCUUUUCAAAACAUCUGUUACCAUGGCCACCCAUCCGUUUGUGUUUCGAACCUUUCCAAACUGUUGUCCAAACUUCCAAUGGAUUCUGAAGAAUAAACUGCUGACUACGGACAGAAGACAGGAUGUUCCCCGCGCCGGAGAAACGACGGCAGUUGCGGCAAACGGCACUCUGUCGGGAGGUGGAAUCCGCCAAGCAGCACGAAAGCUACCACAAAGACUUCAAUCAAAUACAACGGAAUAGCCAGAUCAGCUUGCUUAAGCGCCAGCACACGGCCCAGUGCCGGGAACGGGACGAAAACACCCGACGGCAAGAGGAGGAAGCUAAGGAAACCAUCAGGCAGCGGCAAUUGCUGGAGGAACAGGAAUUGGCCUUGCAGCUGCACGAUGCCAAUCGUCGGCGGAUCAACGAGGAAAAGCUCCGGCAACAGCUGCGGGAGUCUAACCAGGAGCUGCGAGAGUUGGAAACAAAACUAAGGGCGGCCUACGUGGCCAAAGGUAUUGCAGCACAGAAGGCCGAGCUGGAAGCCAAGCGGCUGGAGGAAAAGAUAGCCGCCCAAAAGGAGCAGGAAGUGCUCGAACAGCAACGGUUGGACAACUUGGAAUACAUCCGGCAGUGCGAGGAAGAGCAAUGGAAGCAAAAGUGCGAACUGCGAGAUGUGCUCCACACUCAGAUGAAGGCACUGCAACGGCAGAAGCAGAUCAUGUACGAGGAAUUCCUCCUGGAGAAACAAUACCUGGACGAGAUCUGUAGACGACUCCAGGAGGAACGGUUUGCCGAUAUCCAGCGCAAGCUGGAACUCCAGAAGCGAACCCGUAAGGAAAUGGAAUACUUCAAGGAAGCCAAAGCCAUCUGGGAGGAACGGCAAAAGCUUGCGUUGGCCGAAGAAAACGAACGGAUUCGUCGCUUUUUGGAGUAUCGAGAUGCCCAGGAACAGGAACAACGGGAGAUCAAACUGAAAAGCGCGCGGUUCCGGGAACAGCUUAAUGAGAAGAUGGUUACCGAAUUGCAGACGGAAAUUGAUGAAGCCCGCAAGCGUGAAGAACUUCUACAAGACAUUUAUGCCGCCGAACUGGACGAGCGGCAGGAGGACCGUAUCCAGCGUGACCUGGAGCAGCAGCUUCGCCAACGUAUCGAAGCCCGGCUCGGUUUGGAACGUCAACUGUCGGAAAUUGAAUGCCGUCGACAGCGGGAAGCCGACGAAGAACGUAAGUUCAAAGAAGAUCAGCUGAAGCUGUGGGCCGAACGAGACCGAAUCGAUCAGAUGACCAACGAAAAGCGGCGCCUCAAACUGGCCGAACAUCGACGUGCCAUCCAGGAACUUUUGGAGGAUCGUAAGCGACGCCGUGCCGACGAAGUCAAACAGUUGAUGCAGCAGCAGAGUAUGUUCGAACAGGAGGAGAAACGUCGCGAGGAAAUUAUCGAAGAGGAACGCAUCAAACUGCUGAAAGAACACGUUACAGCUUUGCUAGGGUUCCUGCCACCUGGGGUGUUGCGGGAAAGUGACCGGGAACAUAUUCCGCUGCCCAAGCCCAAAAGCGAACCGAAGUAAACCUUAGAGUUGCUGCUACGGAAAGUUUGAAGAAAUCGCACAAAAUUGCCUAUAAUGAUAUAUUUAUACCUACAUAUAUGUGAAUCGAAGAGUUUCAAAAAUUAAAUCGCAAAUCAGUACAUCACUAGA